AUGAAAUCAUCCACUCAGAGUACUAAGGCAGAGCGCGAUAAGCUGAGGAUUGCAUUUGUGCAUCCCGACUUAGGUAUUGGAGGCGCUGAGAGAUUAGUUGUUGAUGCUGCAAUGGGUUUACAGGAAAAGGGACACGAGGUCGUCAUUUAUACCAGUCAUUGCGACAAGGCACAUUGUUUCGAAGAAAUCAAAAAUGGACAGCUGAAGGUUGAAGUACUGGGCGACUUUUUGCCAACAAAUUUCAAUGGAAAGUUAUUUAUUCUCUUCGCCAAUCUACGUCAGCUGUACUUGACUAGCAAACUCGCAGUGACGGGAAGGAUAAAGAGCAAUGAUCUUUACGUGGUAGACCAGCUCUCAACAUGUGUACCACUGUUCCACAUGCUUGGUAAACGCAGUAAGGUUCUCUUUUACUGUCAUUUUCCUGAUCAACUGCUUGCUCCGAGAACAAGCCUUUUAAAGAAACUAUACAGAAUCCCUUUUGAUCUUCUCGAGGAACUAACCAUGAACUCAGCGGAUUGUAUUGUGGUAAACUCAAAGUUCACAAGAUCGGUUUAUCAUAAAACGUUCCGACUAAUGGCCCAAGAGCCUAAUGUUGUAUAUCCUUGCGUAGGGCUGGAAACCCAACGCGUGCCCAAUGAGGACCAUAGUCGUUUCAAUUCACUUAUGUCCAAUGAUACCAAAUUUUAUCUGAGUAUAAACCGCUACGAGAGAAAAAAGAAUAUCGAACUAGCAAUCACGUCUUUUGCGCUCUCAUCUCAAAGUUCUUGCUCAAAUGUCAAACUGGUCCUGGCUGGCGGUUACGAUGAAAGGAUAGUAGAAAAUAAGCAAUAUUUGAGGGAGCUUCAAGACGCUGCCCAUAACCUCAAGCUUUCCUUUGUAACAUUGCACUACCCACACUGGGAUGCCUCUAGUCCUUCAGCAGAUAACGUUGCAGGCGCCAAAAUCAUAUUUUUAACAUCCGUUUCGUCGUCUUUGAAAGAUUUACUUCUCCAGAAAUCGGAGAUGCUACUUUACACUCCCUCUCAUGAACAUUUCGGAAUUGUUCCUUUGGAAGCUAUGAAACUUGGUAGGCCUGUUUUGGCAGUCAAUAAUGGAGGUCCCCUAGAAACGGUGGUCACACUCACUCCCAAGCUCAAUGAGUCCGAGGCAACGGGUUGGUUGAGACCAUCUGACCCUGAGCAUUGGGCGGCCGCCAUUGAAGAAGCUGUACCAUAUCUGAGCGGCAAUCGUACAAUCUUUCAUGAAAAUGGACCGGCACGGGUUCGAAACCUGUUCUCGAGAGAUGCUAUGACAGUACAGUUUGAAAAGAAUAUUGGUGAGCUCUCGUGGAGCGACAAUAAAAACUCCUUUUUGCACUACAUAGCUCGUUUUGCCUUCUUUCUUGCCCUACUUCUGCCCGUCCUUUUAUUUUCAGGAGCCAGGGCAUGGCCGUUUGGCCUUUUUGUCGCUUCAUUUUCGUUUGCUUUUUGA